UGAAAUCCCUAGACUCUAGUUCAACACUCUGUCUCUCCACCGCGAUUCUCCACUCUCCACUCAGCUCCACCGGCGGCCGGCCUUAAUCUUCUCUGUCUGGCGUAUGCUACUCUGCCCCGUUUCCCUUCGGCUUUCCUAACCCGCAAAGGCCCAGACCAAACAUCAGAGUUGAAGAACAGAACGAUUUUAGGUUCCGAUUUCGACCGACGCCUCAUUGUUCUUUCAAUUUAAUGGCUCGGCGACUCAAACCCGUACCGGAUGCAAGUACGGAUUUAAUAAGUGAGCUUCCGGUAGAGGUAAUGAACAUAAUUUUGGGGCGUUUGUCCCCUCGAGACGCCGCCAGAACUGCUAUGCUCUCAACGCACUGGAAUGAUGUUUGGUUGCAGCAUGGGCGGCUUACGUUCAAUAGGGAAUUCUUCCAAAGUGUCGAACAGUGCUAUGAUGAUGAAGAUUUCAUGUGAUGAUCCUACGCCACAGCAGUCUGAUUUUGAUAAGACAAUUAAGCAACUGAUAGUCUGUGGUCCCUUUAUUGAUUUGCCUGUAAAUGCUUGUGGUAUAUUUUCCAAUGUCACUUCAUUAGCUUUCUACAAUGUUGAAUUUAACUGUAGUGGUAGUGGAAUUGCCUCUAGUAUUAGUAUUCCUAAACUUGAGAAGCUGGCUUUCGGACGUUGUCGAGGGAUCCAUAAGUUUGAGAUCAGUCCUCCAAAGCUUGAAAUGUUGUCCGUUAUUCAUUUUAUGGACGGGGUUGAGUCGAGAUGGUUGGCGCCACAUUUGAAAGCCAUUAAGACUCUUUGGUUGUGUGGCUUUUCGUUGUCGGGUAUGGAUGUAUCUGUGUUUCCAACUGCAAUAAAUUUGCAAGUGAUGAAGCUAUAUCAGUUAAGUUUUGGUUUUUGGAAGCACUGCGUCGUUGCAAUGCAAUUGCUUCAAAAAUGCCCCAACCUAUGUGAACUACGGAUUAUUGCAAUUAAGUCCCGUGGGAAGGAUGACAAAGAAGCUUCAAGGCUUUUGGAGGAUCCAGACAGUGGCUUUGUUAUUCAGGAGCUGAAGAUGCUUAAAACGAUCAAGAUUGAAUUAUUCAGUGAUUUCGCACUCGAAAUGCUUUUUAUGAAAAUGCUGCUCUCAAAAUCCCCUGCGCUAGAGAGAGUUGUUAUUGUGAAGUUUUGCGGUAUGAAUGCCUCCGAGGUGAGAAAAAUCCAAAGGGAGUUGGAGUGCUUCCCUCGUGCAUCUCCAAACGCACAAAUUGUCUGUGCGGGCGAUUACUAUGCAUCUAUGCAUGAUGACUAGUUGGAUACCCAUGGUUUUACCCUUUUCGAACCUUAGUAUGGUUAAUCUCCAUGGGUUCUAUUUGGGUGCAGCUUAGAAAUGUAAGCAAAGGUUGUGUUGGAA